GAGAAGACCCACAAGAGAGAUCACAUCAACACAGUUCAAAGAUUUUAGAAAAAUGUCUCAACCUCUCAGCCGAAUCAUGAAGCCCCUUGUCUACACAAACAUCUUCAGACACAAUAACAUGGUUCGGUGGUGUUCCUCUGCGCCGAUCUACCCGUUAAUGUUAAUUGACCACCUCCUUAAGGUCGGAGGUUCUUCAAAUGGUAACAACUCGAUAUCAAGAAGGUCCGGAUCAGAGGGGGAAAAUGAAAUCAUAAUCAAGAACAAGUGUCUCGCUAGAGAAGUCCGAGAGGCAAUGAGUACUGGAUUUAAUCAAAGUGGAGUGUAUAUUCACAUGAAGGAAAAAACACUACUCCGUGAUAUGGAUAACGUUCGUCUAAACAUCUAUUACGAGCCCUCUGACCCUAAAUCAAAAUCUGUUACUGUUCAUCUACCUCCUCUUCCAAAAGGCUCACAAAUCCAAAACCUUGCCAUGUCCUCUCUUCCUGACCUGGAAAAUGAUGAUUGGGCCGUUGCUAUCAAGUUAUCGGUAUCUCGGCUUAGGCUAUAUAGGCACAAGGACUUACGGUGGAUCGAUAUUAAAACCACGCAUGGGCAUGAGUCUAUAUGCCCAUACUCAAGUCUCAUGUACUCUAAGAAAGAUCAGAGAUUCUACACUCCAAGCCCUGGGUGCAAAUACUUGUGCUCAUUUGGUCUCAACUUCAAAGAGAAAGAUAAGCCCGAGUAUGAUCACAUUUGCAAAAAAGAUCUUCCGCAGUAUAUGUUGUACGAGUUGGAGCAGAUGAAUUCGUAUACAAGGACAAAUCAUCUAGUGGAGUCACCUGCCGGGGAACAAUUCCUCAUCUCUUGGUACUACGGGGACGGCUUUGAGUCAGACACAGUCGUGCAAAAAACAAAGAGGUUCCUGGUGUUUAAAGUGAAUCAGAGAUCGGAUACAGGAUGGAAAGAUAUGUAUUACACCGAAGAUAUUGGAGAUCUUUGUAUUUUUCUUGGACAUGGAGAAGCUUUGUGUGUUCCAGCGAGCUCGUCUCCAGGUCUUAAGCCUAACUGCAUCUAUUUCGUGGGACAUAACUUUGGUGUUUACGAUAUCACCACCCAAACCUGCACUCUCUUCUACACUGAGGAAGGUCCAUUAAGAUCCACUGCAUUUCCUUACUGGCCUCAUCCAUUUUCCCUCACUCCUACUUGAUAUGGUGUUUGGGAUUUUUUAUUACCGUAAGAAUUUAAUAUUUACUUAUGUUUUAUUUCAACGUAUGAAAAAAAAAAUUUACACAAAAUAAUAAUAAAAAAAUACU